AUGUUCACGAGGGAGAUAUCAGCCACGGAGCUGAGAGCAACAGAGGAAAAUCGAAUUCAAUACUCUUCGAAGCACAUUAAACACUUGCCACCUGGCACAAUUACUGAGUUUGAUUGGAAAGACUACUGUCCGUUGGGUUUCAGACUUAUACAAGAACUUGAAGCUAUUGAUCAUGAUGAUUACAUGCAUUCCAUUUGCAAUGACGAGACUCUAAAGAAGCUUUCUUCUGGGAAAGUUGGAAAUGUGUUUCAUAUAUCCACUGAUGACCGUUUUCUCAUCAAGAUUCUUCGAAAAUCCGAAAUUAAGGUGCUACUAGAGAUGCUUCCAGGCUACUAUCGACAUAUUCAUAAUCACAGAUCAUCACUAUUCACAAGGAUUUAUGGUUGUCAUGUUGUGAAGCCUAUUGGUGGUGUUAAGACAUAUUUCGCCGUGAUGUCAAACAUGCUACAUUCGACGGUUUUUAUGAACAAGCUCUAUGAUCUAAAAGGUUCUCCAAAAGGUCGAACUACCAAGAAAAUUGAAUUGAGAAACAAUACUGUAUUGAAGGAUGUAGAUCUCGAUUUCUGUUUCUACGUUGAUCCAUUGGCUAGACAACGUAUCAUCAAGCAAACAAAGCUAGAUUGUGAGCUUUUGGAAAAAGAAGGUAUAAUGGAUUACAGCUUAUUGAUUGGUUUACAAGUAAAAGAAGAGUCAUAUGAAGGUUCACUUGAUGGAGUAAACCCGGUUUACGGUAGCUUCACACCUGCAUGCUCAUUUAAAAGCGAUAGCACAAAGUCGUUGAAGAAAGCUUCAAAUUCUCCAGAUAGAUCUUGUUUAGCUUGCUCUCCCAAAAGAGAUUCAGUGGAAAGCGAAAACUCAAUGACAAGUGAUAGCACAAGCUCAGAAACAAAUCUGAUAAACAGAAACAGCAAAACAGCAACACUCAGUGACCUCGUUGUCAACAGCUCGAGUACCAACUUUGGAAUGAAGAUUCCGGCGAGGGCACGGCGGGUGAAGAGAGCGGCGGGAGAAGAUGAAUGGUACGAUGUGGUUUUGUAUUUAGGGAUCGUAGACACAUUUCAAGACUAUGGUAUGAAGAAACGCAUUGAACAUUGUUACAAAAAAAUCCAACAUACCUCAAACUCAAUCUCGACCGUCCAUCCUAAGAUCUACUCUUCUCGAUUCCAAGACUUUGUCUCCAACAUAUUCUUACCUCACGAGAACGACGACGAUUUCUCUCCCUAA